ACUUGUGAUUGUUUUGCUUGGUGAUGGGAGUUCUUAGGGAAACCUGUAAGAGUAAAUUUCAAGUAAAUGUAAGAUUUCAAGAGAAUUUUGUGCUUAAUGUAGGAGAAGGGAAAAUGAGAUUUGUUCUCUUUCAUUUUAUAUUUUUGUGACAUGUAAGACUACUCUUGUAUUUCACCUGGGAGAGGAUUGAUCAGUCUUGGCAAGGAUUUUUACUUUACUAAACUGUUCUGGUAGGUUAUCUCAAUUAGUCAUGGUAGUUUCCUUUCUGGUUUAAAUGAGUCCCUGCUGAAAAGGAAACACAAAUUUUGUCAUGGCCCACAAAGUCAUUUUCUCAUAGAUCCAAUUAUUAAUUAACAGACUUCUAAAGUUGAAGAUAUUAAACAGUCCUAUAAAGCUUUUUUUGUUAAUAAUCAAUAUACUACAAAUUAUGGUUUUGAAAUCCUGCCUUUAGAAUCCGUUACCUUAAAUAAGUUGUCAUGGUUUGGACAGUUUCUCUAUCACUCAACCCCAUCCAGGUGGGAGAGCCAGGAAAAGGAAAGGAGACCCAUGGGCUGAAGUGCAAGCAGAUGUAAUAGAAGAAGAAUAAUGAACUAAUAUUAACCCCAGUAUUAGCACAAGGCACAAAGUUAUCCUGGGCUCCAGGAGCAAUUGCGCUGUGCCCUUCUAGGCUGAAUGCCAACCCUGCCAGUCUGGGGGCUCCAGCCAGCACAGUCACGGCAGGCGGAGGAGGCCUCGGGCAUGGGAUGAUCCGUAAGACAGACGGGACCCUCUGGGGAAGGCAGCCAUGGUAGAAGCCGCCAAAUGUCUCUGCAACCAUCCUGAUUUAUAGUGAGGGUGAAGUUUAUGAUACGGAACACUUCGGUUGGCCGGCCUGGGCCAGCUGCCCUGGGCUUUGCCCUUCCUACUGCAUCCACGUGGUUAAAAACUACUGACCUUGGUCACCAUGGAAACCCACACACCACAGCAUCUUAUCUCUUGUUAGCACAGAAUUGGACUCUGCAGCCUCUCGAAACUACAGUUUCUCUAAACAGAAAAAAAUACUUUAGAAUUCUGUCCCAACAAAACCAGGACAGAAGUGUAGUAGCCUGAAGGCAAUUUAUCUUUAGUUGGAGCUGGUGUCUUUACAGGAAAAGGGAAAUGCCUCAUUUCAGUGAAAGAAAACUAAAUAUUACAUGAAAGUACAGGAAUGGUAUAGACAGGUAAUUGACAAAAUUGAUGCUGAAGAGGAGAUGCUAUGUAUGCAGGGAAAAGACAUUUUUAGUGCUAAAUUGUACAUGUAAUGUGUAGAUUGGGGAUUAAAAUGUUCGUGGUUUGUUGGAGUUUUUUUUCAUUAAAUGAUAGUAGAGGGAGGAAAUUCAGCCUGAAAGAGACUAAGUCAUGGUAGUUUAACUGUCUCAUUUGAAAGACUGACAUCUAUUAAACUUUGGCAUUCUCUUUCUUUUAUUUGUAGGGAUGGCUGAGCUGAGAAGCUUGUGAAGCUUACAUUAAAUAUCCUAUAUAUACACUUCUACUGAUCAGUGGUAGCCCAAAUUAAAUAAGCAUGUCCUAAGAUGGCAACAGAUCUGGAAUAUGAGCCAGUCUACAGAACUGAGUUGAUACUGGAUUUGUUAGUGUCUUGAUGGCUUGAUAGCUCUCACUUACUCUGUCUCUAAACCAAAGCCAUCUUUCUACCAAAGCAAUAAAGGGAUUGUGCACAAUCUGAUUACAGAAUGCUAUUUUCAAAUAAGUGAACUAUGAAAAAAGGACUCAUGAAUUUUGAUCACAGGGACUUGGAGAGCAUCUCUGGAUAAACAGAAGAACAAGAAAAAUGUGAAUUUCCUUCAGAAAAGAGAAGUGUAGCUAUGCUAAAACCAAUGAAACCUUACAAAAUCCAGGAAAAUAUAGAAAUUACAUAUAUCAUAUUCAAGAAGUCAGAGGGAAUCAUUGCUAUACCAGCUCUACAGGAAGUUGUGGAGUUACCUGGGGAUGAGGAACUUAAAGAUAAAACAAUGUCAAUCAAGUAUUGGUUCAAUGUCUGCUCCAGUGUGGACCUUCCUGAGGUAGAGUUGGUGAGCAUGCUAGAAGAGCAGUUGCCAGAUUACACGUUACGAGUGGACUCUCUGUAUCUGCAUGAAAAUCAAGACUGGAUUCAGUCCCCUGCCUGCCGUGGCCAUCUGCCUGAAAUCACUUCCCCAGCUCGUGAUGAGGAGCCCUUCCAUUACAUGAUUCUUGGCACAGAUAAUGUAGAGCAGAAAACCUACAGUGAUGCUGACAUGGUCAAACAUCUGUUAGCUGAGAAAGAUCGGGACCUGGAACUAGCAGCUCGUAUUGGACAAGCCCUCCUUAAGCGAAACCACCUGCUGACGGAACAGAAUGAAGCACUAGAAGAACAGUUAGGACAAAGUCUAGAUCGAGUUAAUCAGCUGCAGCAUGAACUGUCAAAGAAAGAUGACCUGCUUCGUAUUGUUUCGAUUGCUUCUGAGGAGAGUGAAACAGAUUCCAGCUGUUCCACUCCACUACGUUUCAAUGAAUCUUUCAAUGUAUCACACGAUCUGUUGCAGCUGGAUAUCUUGCAAGAUAAACUCAGGGAGCUGGAAGAGGAGAACCUUGCUCUCCGUUCGAAGGCUUGCCAUUUGAAGACAGAAACCAUUACAUAUGAAGAGAAGGAACAGCAGCUGGUCAAUGACUGUGUCAAAGAACUCCGGCAAACAAAUGCUCAAAUUUCCAGAAUAACAGAGGAGUUGUCAGAGAAGAGUGAGGAGCUGGUUCGAUACCAAGAAGAGAUCUCAUCUCUUUUAUCCCAGAUUGUUGAUCUUCAACAUAAACUCAGAGAACAUGUGAUUGAAAAGGAGGAGCUGAAACUUCACUUACAAGCUUCCAAAGAUGCUCAGAGACAACUGACAGCAGAGUUACAUGAGUUGCAAGAUCGGAACGCAGAGUGUCUAGGGAUGUUGCACGAAUCACAGGAAGAAGUGAAGUUGCUGCGCAGCAGAACCAGCUCUGUUGCUUGUCUCUGCCACCUCCAGCCAUGUGGAGCAUUUCCUGUGGAUUCCCUUGCAGCAGAAAUCGAAGGGACGAUGCGGAAGGAAUUGAGUCUGGAUGAUGAAUCUGUUCUCUCCAAGCAAAAGCAUCAACAGAAACGAGUAUUUGACACCGUCAAGGUUGCUAAUGUCACUCGUUGCCGCUCCUCUUCCUUUCUUGCCCCGUUGCCAAUCCCUGGAUCUAAUCGGUCAAGUGCUGUUAUGACAGCAAAGCCCUUCCAGUCUGGUGUGCAGCAGUUGGAGAGCCACACACGGAGGACCCAGAGGAGCAGCUCUGAGAGUCUGAAAGACACUCAUAAUCCUGGCCAUCCAGGGACCCCUGGAGACAAUGACUUGGUCACAGCUCUGCACAGGCUUUCCCUCCGCCAUCAGAACUAUCUGAGUGAGAAGCAAUUCUUUGAGGAGGAAUGGGAGAGAAAAAUGCAUUUCCUGGCUGAGCAGAAAGAAGGGGCUGGUAGCUGUAGUACACUGACAGAAAGCUGUUUUUCCCCGGGUACAAACUCAGAAUUCACUGAUCUGUCUGCCAGCUCCAAUAAUCUCCGUGUCCUUCUCCCAGAAAAAUUGCAAAUUGUCAAACCCAUUGAAGGAUCUCAGACCCUUUUCCACUGGCAGCAGCUUGCCCGACCCAACCUAGGCACCAUUCUUGACCCAAGACCAGGUGUUGUUACAAAAGGUUUUACGCCUCUGUCUGAUGAUACUGUGCACCACAUUUCUGACUUGGAGGAGGAUGAUGGGGAAGGAGGUGAAGGAGGUAUAACAUUUCAAGUGCAACAGUCCUUCCCAGAGGAAAAGAAAUGUACAGUGGCAAAGCCAGUGGCAGCCAUUUUCCUGCCACCUGUUACUUCAGCAGCAGUACCACUCACUGCCUCGAAUCCAGGGAAGUGUCUGUCUUCCACAAAUUCCACAUUUACCUUUACUACUUGUAGGAUCCUUCAUCCAUCUGAUGUCACUCAUGUUACUCCCAGCUCCAUGGGUCCCCCAUUUUCACUUGGAAAUACUGGCAGCAGCAUUGGAAACUCAGUAGUGAGCACUCCAGCUGUGUCUUGCAGACUUAGUAUUGGAGAAUUUCUCACCAACAGAAGAGAUUCAACUACUACCUUCAGCAGCACGAGCAGUCUGGCUAAACUUCUGCAAGAACGAGGCAUCUCUGCCAAGGUUUAUGAUAGCCCCAUAUUAGAAAAACUGCCUUUGCUACAGCCCCCUCGAACUCUCCCCAUUCCUUCUACUCCACCAAAUUCUCCCUCGUGUUCACCUUGUCCUUCCCCUCCAUUGUUUGAGCCUCGAGUGCACCACUCAGAAAAUUUCCUGGCUUCUCGACCCGUGGAAACAUUCUUGCAAGAAAUGUAUGGCCUAAAGCCCUCCCGUAACUCUUCAGACGUAGGCCAGCUGAAGAUGAACCUAGUGGACAGACUGAAGAGGCUGGGUAUUGCCAGGGUGAUCAAGCCCCCUGAGACACAGGACCAGAGGAAGAACCCGGGGCCAGAGGUUAGCUUGACAAGGCAGGACGCUGCUAUGUUUUUAAAUGCAGGUAGCAACUUAAUGGCAGGACUGAGAAGAAACCAGAGUCUCCCAGCCAUGAUUGGAGCAUUAGGAGCUCCAGUUUGCACACAGUCAUCAAAAAUGGAUAUUGUAAAGGAGGACUGAAAUUAUUGACUUCAAGCACAGUAAGUAAUACACGAGGGUUAAGUGUCCAGUACAAGAAUCAUCAGAUGUGUUACAGAAGAGUUG